UUUGGACCGCUCCUAUGAAACAAAACUCAUCAUUAUAACCAGUACCAACGCAAGAGAUUCCCCCUAGUCUAUGGUAGAUCUUUUGCCAUUUAUGAUACUUGUUCCCAUGCUUUUAUAACAUUUAGUUUAUGUUUGAUGCAUGGUUUGAAGAAGACUUAUCAUCUCUUGUGGGUAGACAAUAUGCUUACUCUAAGAAUAGCUAGAAAGAGUAGAUACUAUAGAUAUUGAAUGAUAACAGCUUUGAUCAUUUUGAAGCAUGCUAAUAAUUCUGGAUGUUGACUUGUUCCAUUCUUUAUUUUUGUAUAUUUUGGUUUCAUCUUGAAAAUAUAACAGCUCAAGAAUUGUUAGUGGUCCUAGUCCUUACCGUCAUCAAUUAUGUUUGUUUAUUCUCUAUUCAUAUCACAUUAUUAGAUUUUAUAUAGGAAAUAUUUAUGUAACUUUUCUCUUUGUCGAUUACAAUACAAGUAAAAGAUAAGCGUGAAAUGGAAUGAUUUGUCUAUUGUUAUGGUCUUUUUGGUAUGUACCUCAACUGUUUCUUGUGCUGUUUGAGGUACAUAUUCAAUCAAGAACAAGAAGUAGAGACUCUAGAGAGAGAGAAAGAGAGUAUGUUUUGGUCUUCUUCUUCAUCAUCUUCGUCCUUAACCCAUGCAUCCCUGGUCCCUCUAUAAUCAUGAGUUUCCUUUUACCAUCAUUACCUUCAAAACACUUCUUCUUCUCCUCUCUCUCUCUUACAAAACACAAGUGCUAUCUAUUUCUAUAUAAAGCUAACUUUUACAUUGUGUUUUACUAAGUUCUUUUAUAUAACCAUAAGAAAAUGUGCCUGAGAUCAUCAGAAUCAUUCCCAGACACACGCACACCCACGAUGAGAUCAGCUUCAUGCCACACCAAACGUAACGUUAAGACACAAACCCAUCUUCGUGUCCUUAAUCUCACCAGGAGGAGAAGAAUACUUAGGGAAAAGAAGGAGAUGGAGCUGAGAAACAUGAAGCUCUUCCUAAAGAAUCAAAGCAUCAUACGAGAGAACGAGGCUCUAAAGAAGAGAGCUCUAGACCUCCACGAAGAAAACAAUGUUCUCUUCUCUCUGCUUCAUCCAGAACUCUCCCCUGUUUCAUCCUCCUUCCUUUAGUGAUCUUCUUGAUCACGUUUGUACCACUUGUCUUGUACCCUCGCUAGAGACCUAAUUUUAUCUAUGCACCAAGUGUUAAUAAUACAUAUCAAUGAUUAUAUUUCGCCAUUAUC